AACCUCCAAAGUUCUUUUCUCCGAGUGUGUUUCACUUAUUUACACGUGUUUGAAAUGGCCCCGACUAAAGAAAAGGCCGCCGCUGCUCCGAAGGCCGUUAAAAAGGCCAAAAAGAUGCACAAAUUCAAGAACCCCCUCUUGGCCGAUGGAGUGCGUCGUUUUUCCAAGGGAAAGCAGCUGCAACGUAAGAAAAUGUUUGCACUGAAAAGUCUGAAGAAGGUGCGAGUCGAGAAACCGAAAGUCGCCAUUACUAUUGUGAAGAAGAUUGGUGGAGCCAAAAACGGUGGUGAACGUAAAGUGUUGGUGAAGAAAAAUAAGAGCUACCUGCCGACCAAGAGAAUCGUUCGCAAGCGUACUGGAAAGCGCUGCUUCCGGAACCAUAAGCGCAACACUCGAGGUGCACUGAAGAAGGGCAAGGUUCUGAUCCUGCUGGCCGGUCGUCAUAAGGGAAAGCGUGUUGUCCUGCUGAAGGUCCUCAAGUCGGGACUGCUGUUGGUUAACGGUCCGUUUGCCCUGAACUGCUGUCCGCUUCGUCGCAUCUCGCAGAACUACGUGAUUGCCACCAAGACACGAAUCAAUUUGAAGGCGUUCAAGGUACCGAAACACAUCAACGAUACCUACUUCCGUCGGAUUGUCAAGAAGAAGAACUCGCGCACCGAGCGGGACAUUUUUGCCGAGAAGGUAGAGAAGUACGUACCAUCGGAGCAGCGCAAAACGGACCAAAAGGCCGUCGACGAAGCUCUGCUGAAGGCCAUCAAGACUCACCCGGAAGCCAAGGUAGUACAGCGCUAUCUGAAGUCCAUGUUUUCGCUUCGGUCAAACCAGUUCCCGCAUCGUAUGCAGUUCUGAGGAGCAUUGUUUUUUAAGGAUUAAUUUAAAGGUGUCAACUGAUGAAACAGCUGGAUUAUAUACCGUGGAAAUACAUUUAAAGAUCUUAUCUUUAAAUUAGAAA